AGAAGAUUCAGGGCAAAUAUCUUACUUCUUUAUGUUCAGCCGGCGUUGAGGUGACUCGAGUAAUGUAUUUCUAUGACAGCAGAUAAGUUAUUUAUACGGUGUGUCCUAUUACAAUACAAGCACUAUAUUCUCUUUUGGAUAUUUAACAUUUUUCAAUGCUAUAAGCUCAGAUUAUUUUGCAAGGUGAACUUUUUGAUAGACGCAUAAAUCGACAUACAUUUUAACAUCUUAACUCGAAAAUCAAAGCAACUACAAAAUGAAUGGUACCUUGGAUAUUAAGGACUUUGAUUAUGUCCGGUUUACAUCAGCGGACUACUACGGUCUUCCUCGAGGAAAGGUUAUCCCAAAGCCGCAUUUAAAUGAUGCCCUUGAAAAUGGAAUUCAGAUAUAUUGUGGUAUACUCGGGAUGGGAUUAUCGGGAGCUUUAAAAGCAUUCGAACCAGAAGUGAUCGAAAGAAAAUUUGGAAAUUGCUAUUUGAAACCUGAUAUUAGCACGUUGAGGCCGAUUCCGUGGGCAAGUAUGGCGCAUAGAAGAGUCGGGGAGGUCAUGUGUGAUCUCUAUUGGGAUAGUGGGUUUAAUUCACCGAUAGAUGCCGCUCCACGAGAGGUUGCUAGGCAACAACUGAUUCGUUUAGAUGAUAUGGGAUAUUCCUUAAAAUCUGGAUGGGAAUUGGAAUUUCAUUUGUUUGAUGCGGACAAAAAGACACCGAUUUACCAUGGCAAAACGGGUUAUUUUAACCAGUCCAUAUUUACGGAGUUUGGUGAGAUCUUGUUUCCAUUGGAGGAAAAUCUUAGAAAAAUAGGGGUUGAUAUGGAGGCAUUGAUGACGGAGUUUGUUGACGGGCAAUUUGAAUUUACAACUGCACCCAAAUACGGUCUAAGAUCCGCAGAUGAUGCGUAUGUGGCAAAAUACGCAAUUAAAGAAGUAACAAAGAAAAUAGGUUACGUUGCAUCUUUUAUGACCAAAAACAGUCCCGAUGCCGGAUGUGGACUUCACUUCAACUUCUCUCUUUUAGAUAAGGCAGGAAAGAACGCGUUUUAUGACCCAGAAACGUCUAACAAACUGUCUAGUGUAGCUGAACACUGGAUAGCUGGGUUGAUGUCGCAUGCCAGAGCGAUAUUUGUUCUUCAUUCUCCAACAGUAAACUGUUUCAGACGAGUUGGCUUCCCCCUCGCCCCAUGUAAAGCUAACUGGGGCAUUGAAGAUAGAUUCGCAUCAUUAAGGGUUAAAGUUAAUGGCGAGAAAAGUACUUACAUGGAAAACCGAAUGGGAGGGGGUCUGGGUAAUCCAUAUCUCAUCGUUGCUGCUACACUGGCUGCUGGAAUUGAUGGACUCCAGCGGAAACUUAAACUGCCGGCUGAAAACGAUCCGAACGCUCUAGAUAUUCCACGUAAUAUUCAGGAGGGCAUCGAGGCUCUUAGAGAAGAUAAGAUAAUAUGCGAAGCUUUGGGAGAACAGUUCGUUCGUUUUUUCACUGAAACUAAACUUGAAGCGGAGGCUUCCUUUUUGGACACAGGUAUUCCAGAAACUGCCGAAGCAUAUGGAAAAGAACGCGACUUUUACAUGGAUCUACUAUAAAGAUCCACAGAUGAUGCUACGAAGAAAAAGAUAAAUCCAUCGAUCUGACAAACUAUAUGUUUUAAACGCAUGUUGUACAUAGGUUCAACAAGUUGAAUUCAUUAUUAAAGACAGAAUCAGAUCGAUUGGGUUGGGAAAAUUGCAAAUUGUAAAUUGGUGAAAUUAUUCAAAAGUACCAAAAUGGAGGAAUGUAUGAAUGUAUUAAUUAAUGUAAAAAUCUUUAGUUUCCCUCAGAUACAGUACACAAUUUGGGUAUUUUUAGAAAAAGACACGACGAGGAAUGAUACAUGUGCCCAAAAUUGACAAUUUUUCGUCAAGAUUAUGAUCAUAAAUCAUGAAGUUUUUGCUAGAUCUGAUUCUGCCUUUAAUCUAAAUUUUCUUGGAGCCGUUAUUGUGUUUAACUUAUGUGCUAUGCAUUCAUAAAUCGCAAAUUCUGGAUCGCUUGAAAUUAUUUUCCUCGAUUAUAUGCGACAUAUAACUGAACUGCAUUAUAUAACCAAUCACCGCUCCCAUUGUUUCAUAAACUUUACAUUCCCGCUUCGCGGGCAUCCAAAGAUUUGAAAAAUUACCCCCAGAGAAAUGAUUCAGUCAAUAAUGCACACAGUCCAGGGCUUAAAUCCUCAAAUAAAAUGGCAGUAAGAAUCUCUAAUUAGCUUGAACUUAGCUACAAAGCUAUAAGUGGUAUUUGUCGCAACGCAUUUAGCAAACGCAAAACAAUAGAAGCGUAAAGUAGCGAACACACGUUAAUGCCUGGGUCACAUUUGCUCCGAUCCAUCGCCCGAUUGAGUGUUUUGUUCAAUACUGUAUUCAAUUUUGAACGAAAUACUCAAUCGGCCGGACUUUGCCUUGAUUUGGAACUGGACAUCGGCCUUAACUGGGCUUGGACUGGAACUGGACUUGGACCAGGACUGGCCUUGGACAUUGACUGAACUUGGGCCUUGGCUUGGACAUUGACUUUUACCUAGACUGAACUUGGACUACACUUGAACCUGGACUGACCUCGGACCUGGACUGGACUUGGACUUGUACUUGGACAUGGAUUUGGACUUUGACCUUAUUCUGGACUUUGACUGGACCGGACCUUACCUGGACUUGGACCUGGAUCCAUACUUGGACCUGGACCUUGAGUUGGACCUGGAACUGGACUGGUCUUUUUUCAAUAUUUUCCUCACUUUUCUUCGAGACUUUUUUGCAAAAGAAAAUUUUGUUCCAGGCUUAAUUGGCAAAAAGAGUUUUGCUUCGAGUUUUUUUGGGCAAAUAAUGUUGAUGCAAAACGAAAACGUUUUUUGGGGUAAAAGCCUCGAAGAAAACCGUUUUUGCCAAAAAAGCCUUGAAGCAAAACGUUUUUUGCCAAAAAGCCUCGAACCAAAAACUUGAAAAAGCUUGUUUUGUCAAAAAAAAACUCGAACCAAAACAAUUUUUGAAAAAAGCCUCUUAAGAGAAAUGUACAACAACCAUUUUAAAUUGUCUUUAUUACUUUUUGUAAAGCUGCUUGACCUGAUAAAAAAAUGUAUGCAAAAAAAGUUAUUGUUAUGUUAUUCAAUUCUUUUGGGAAAGGGUUAAACUUGAACAUAAAGUUUAAUGAAUUUGCAUAUUGAUUCAGUGAUACUCCUUUUU